UUACUCUUAUUACCUUAUUAUUAUUCAUAUCACCUAUAUUACUCUUAUUAUUAUUCAUAUUACCUUCCUUACCUUAUUAUUAUUCAUAUCACCUAUAUCACCUAUAUUACUCUUAUUACCUUACUAUUACUCAUAUCAUCUAUAUUACUCUUAUUACCUUACUAUUAUUCAUAUCACCUAUAUUACUCUUAUUACCUUACUAUUAUUCAUAUCACUUUCUUACCUUGUUAUUACUCAUAUCUCUCUUAUUCUCUUACUAUCUCUCAUAUCACCUAUAUUACUCAUUUUAUCUCUCUUAUCACCUACAUUCCCUUACUAUUACUCAUAUCACCUAUAUUACUCUUAUUACUUACAUUACCUACAUUCCCUUAUUAUUACUCUUAUUAUCUAUAUUACCCUAUUCCUACUCAUAUUACUUCCUCUGUUAUCACUCACAUUACCCUCUUAUUACUUUCCUUACUAUUCCCUUAUAUUCCCUUAUUAUCUCUCUCUUACCUUAUCUUCCCUACCUAUCUAUUAUACUUACUUAUAGUUAAGUUACCUACUUACCUUACUACUUACUUAUUAGUUAGUUAG